ACCCGGGAUAAGAUACACUUAUACGCGAUUCCAAACAGAACUAAUCUCACACGCGUUUGUCAUCACAAAUUCGCAAAAGUCAGAUUUCAUUUUCAAGUCUUCUCUCUCUCUCCCCCCUCCUCCCCGAUUCUCUGCUUAUUCAUCUUCUUCUUCGACGAUCGAAAGCAAUGGAUUACGAUUUCAGGAACAAAUCUGGUCCACCGUACGGAUCCUCCGGUCAUCCUAUGUACGGUCCCGCCGCGGCAUCGUCAUCGCCGAUGUAUGGACCUGCCGGAUACCCGAAGAUCGCUCAACAAGGCCACGCCAAUUCCUUGUUCCCCCCGCCGGCGCGAAACUCUCCGUAUCACCAUGCCCCAUCUCCUUCAUCAUCUUCCUCUUCUGGAUUGGGGAUUAAGGUUACCAUAAAGCCAGAGUAUCGGAUUACUCCACCGCCUCAAAUGUUGCCUAGAGUGGGAGAUAUUCCCCGGAGCAAUUUCCAGUUCGAUUUCAGCCUGGAGAGGAAAGUCCUUGUGGAGGCGGAGAAAGAAAGCCAAGACUGGAGCAAAUUUGGGACGGACAAUUUUCCGACCAGAUCUCUAGAAUCAACUUCUUCAUCGCGUUCAGAUCCCGUGGUGACGAAAUAUAUUGCAUCUGGGCUCAACCGAGAAGCUGUCGGCAUAGCAGUGGCAAACUAUGGAGAUAAUCCCACCAAGGUGCAGGAGUUUGCCAAAGGCUUCACACUGCUAACGGAGAUGGGAUUUCCGGCGAACGCCAUAGCGGAAGCUCUCUUCAUGCAUGAAAACGACACGGACAAGGCACUGGCACACCUGCUCCACGGCUCUUCUUGAUCCACACUAGUCAUCGGCACAUUCUGUGUAUAAAAAGUGUUUUUAGUUAUUGGCCAAUUCCCCGUCUUUAUUUUAUUGUCCUUUUGGGAAAGAUAAGAAGCAUUAGAUCCCUAUGUAUAAAUCUUUGGCUAUAAAGGUACAAUCUGGUGUGCACAUGAAACGUGAUAGGGACCGUUACUUUGGUUUUCA